AUGGCCACCAUGAACACUGUCUUUGCCGGCUACGCCGAGCGACAGAAGGCUCUUGAGGCCAGCCAAGCCUCAAACCCUUAUGCCAAAGGCAUCGCCUGGGUCGAAGGCGAGCUCGUUCCUUUACACCAAGCCCGCAUUCCCCUACUUGAUCAGGGUUUUAUGCAUAGUGACCUGACGUAUGACGUCCCCUCCGUCUGGGAUGGCCGGUUCUUCCGCCUGGACGAACACCUGGACCGUCUGGAUGCGAGCUGCAAGAAGAUGCGCCUCCGCCUGCCUCUUGAUCGGGAAACAGUCAAGAAGACGCUAUGUGACAUGGUCGUCAAGAGCGGUAUCCGCGAUGCCUUUGUCGAGCUGAUUGUCACACGCGGUCUCACCGGCGUUCGUGGCGCUCGCCCCGAGGAGCUCCUCAACAACAACCUCUACAUGUUCAUCCAGCCUUACGUCUGGGUCAUGGAGCCCGAGGACCAAUACAACGGUGGUCGCGCUAUUGUCGCCCGAACUGUGCGACGAGUCCCCCCCGGCUCCAUCGACCCGACCAUCAAGAACCUGCAGUGGGGUGAUCUGGUCCGCGGCUUGUUCGAGGCGAAUGACCGUGGUGCCACCUACCCCUUCUUGACGGAUGGCGACGCCAACCUCACUGAGGGAUCUGGGUUCAACAUUGUCCUGAUCAAGAAUGGCAUCCUCUACACCCCUGAUCGUGGUGUGCUGCAGGGCAUCACGCGGAAGAGUGUUAUUGAUGCCGCGCAUUCUCUUGGCUACGAGAUCCGCGUUGAGCAUGUCCCCGUGGAGGCCGUCUAUCAGGCCGAUGAGAUCCUUAUGUGCACAACUGCCGGUGGUAUCAUGCCCAUCACCACUUUGGAUGAUCAGAAGGUUCAGGAUGGCAAGGUUGGCCCCAUCACGAAGGCCAUCUGGGAUAGAUACUGGGCUAUGCACUGGGAGGACAAGUUCAGCUUCAAGAUUGAUUUUUAA